CGAAACACAUGGUCUGUUAAAUGAAGAUUUACCGCUGACUUUAUAAACUGCCUGCCGUAAAUUCUAUUUGGGAUUAUUGUUGUUGCCUAUCAGCUGUCAAGGUUACAACAUUCACGGGAGGAUAUGUAGUAAUCUUAUUCUAAUGCAGGACAUACGAUAUGCAAUUACAUCGCGUAAUAAUAAUAACGCGAAGCAUUUGCGCGAACUAUUCAUAUGUAUAGCGAAAACAAAACAACGAUUCAUCGUUUUGCACAUAAAACAACUAUUAAUUUAAUCUUACGCUAAUUUUAAAAUGCAUUUUUACAUAACGAUUUAUUUCAAGUUUAAACUUUGUCCAACACGAUUGGAAAAUAUGAGUUCCGUAAUCACUGUUUAUUAUUUUUCUGUUAUAUUGUUGGUGUCUGCGUUUGGCAGUCGGAAAGUGGGUUUGAAGAAACCUGACACUAUAGAGCCUGAUAUCCCACAAAAGUCAGACUUAGAUACGUACUUGACUUCUUUAGAAAACAUGAUAAAAUUUUACGUAAAAAAUCCAAACGAGAUCGAUGUGAAUUCAGUGUUUGGAUUCUUUCUGAUGAACGUGAACCUCAACAGCGUCCUUAUAAAAAAAGCCCAAGCCUUGCCCUUAACAUUGGCAAACAGAUUCAAAAAUUUAGUGGAGAAGAACAAGAGGAUUGUGGCGUAUUUUCGAAUGAUGGCGUCGCAAUCACAGCUUCAAUCGCCACGUCAUAAAAAGCUUAAAAAAUUGUCUACUUUAUUUUCCAAUGAAUCAUAUUGGAUAUCAAAAAUAAAACAAGCUGACAGCACGCAAAUUCAAGACCCCCCACAGAUGGGCAGUAAAGACAUUCUGGUACACUUCUCCAGCUGGCCAGAGUACAAAGAGGAGAUAGAUAAUUUAGGGAGAUUGAUGCCGCCGUUUGCUCUUACUGAGAAGUGCUUGGUUAUAGUGGCUGAGAACCCAGUAAACUAUGGUACAUCUUCCGCACCAAAUUGCAUAAUGCCCCACGAAUGCAUUAAUGGUAUAUCAGCGGGCAACGAUAUUGGGCUAGGAUUGGUCAACAGAUUGCUGAUAUUACUUCAAGCGCGAUUCGGACGUCGCUGUGCCGUGUUAAAUGAGACGGAAGACGCGACCUUAGUUGACAAACUUUGCAACACUUGCUUUAAAGAAGGACUGUUCAUUAGCAUGAAUAAAUAUGAUCCCCUCAUUUUGAUGAUGGAGCAGAUAACGCUCUGUAGUUUGAAUGGGAAUGUGGAAUUCUUACGGCGCUUCUGGAUCGCGCACAUACUCGCUUUACAAACCAAAUAUGGCUGCUUUGCUACGAAUAUACGUUAUGCUAUGAGCAACAAGCCAGUAAGCGCUUUGCCGCCUUCUAACUGGAACAUGGACCGCGAGAAUAAACCCAAUCCUGUCACCCACUGCCUCGGACCGGCUUCAGCGGGAGCGGCUGCCAUCAUAUCGGCAGCUAUCAAAUAUAUACUAGAAAUUUAUUUUUAAAAAAUAAACUUGUUCAAAUUUUUUUUAAGUCACUCCAACGACAUUUUUCUUAAAUUAAAAAUAAAUAAAUACUUUUCAUAUUUUUAA